CGGAGCGGGCGCGAGCGCGAGCCGGCGGGAUGGAGGGGCGGCGCGGGGCUCGCGGCUCGCCCAGCGCCCAGCGCAAGCGCGCCCGGCCCGGCAGCACUGGGGAGCCCGCGGGGGCCGGCGGCAGCGCCCCGCGAUGGGGGCGGCCAGGCCGGGAGCGGGGCUCGCAGAUUGAGAAUAAGUCCAAGGAUGAUGCAGACUGUAACUUGGCACCAAGGACUGAAAGUAAGGGUGCUUCAGAAGAAGAGGAGACUGUAAGUCACAGGAAAAAGAGAAUGAAGGACCAAGGAUCAACAGUAAUAUAUCUUAAGGCUCUCCAGGGUGUGUUUGGGCAAUUGAUAAACCAACUGCCCAGAAGGGCGGCACCUCCAUCGGAUGAAGUUAAGACUGAAAGCCCUGACCAUAGAAAAAAGCCUUGCCAGUUGGGUGGCAAUUCAAGAAGCUUCUGUACAGCUCCAAGGGUUGAAGAAGAUCAGCAUCUCCCACUAGACUUAGAUGGACAGAAAACUGCCACAGAGGAAAGUAGUUGUGCUAGGUCAGUUGUCAUUUUGAGUGACCCCAGAAAAGAGCCUGUGACUUUCCAGAGGACGGUUAUUGCAGAACCCCCUUCGAAGCUUGUAUUUGUUGAUGAGCCCUCUUCGAGUUCAGAAGAUGGCCUUGAGUUUGAACAGAAAAAAAUGCCAGAGAAGAACCCGUCUGUAGGAAGCGAUUGGUCUGAUGUGGAAGAUGUAGAAUCUUUGGCUAGAUUCUCCCAGGAGGAUUCACUUCCACAGCUUAAUAGUCCAAGAAUUUUGGAGACUUCACGAACUUUAAGUGAUAACUUAACAUAUCCUACUAAUGUGAAUAGUUGCAUGUGGGAUGACUCUGUAGGGUCCUGGACAAAUAGUCCCAAACCACCUGAGUGUUGUUCGUUUUUGAGCCCCAGCCAGGAUACUUCCUAUCUAACUGGCUCGGGUACCAAUUCUCUCUGUGACAUUUCUGUAGAACUUGCAACAAAUGCUUCUUUCAAUGCAUCUGAAGAUGUAGAGUCACCAGUUGAAGGUGGACAUUGGAGAUCACGUUCCCGUGAUUCUUCUGUGGUCUGUAGGGAAAGAAGUAGACCAUCUAGGGAGGAAGUGGGAUCCUGUGCUCCCGUUGUCCGUAGAGUCCGACUGUCAGAUUCUUUUAGUAAUGAAUACAUGAACAGGGAAGUGCCUGAUGAGCUGCCUAAAUAUUUGGAGGAAGGCUUUGUUGAUACCCAUUGCCAUCUGGAUAUGCUGUAUUCCAAGCUGUCUUUUAAGGGGACCUUUGCAAAGUUUAGAGGGGUUUACCACAGCUCCUUUCCCAAAGAAUUUCAAGGUUGUAUAACUGACUUCUGUGACCCUCGCACUCUGAGGGACUCUUUGUGGGAGGACUUGUUAAAAGAAGACAUGGUUUGGGGAGCAUUUGGCUGUCAUCCACACUUUGCACGUUACUACACUGAAUUUCAUGAAAGAAGCCUCCUACAAGCCAUGCGGCACCCUAAAGCUAUUGCCUUUGGAGAAAUGGGACUGGAUUAUUCAUAUAAAUGUUCUACAGAUGUAUCCACACAGCACAAAGUAUUUCAAAGGCAGCUGCAACUGGCAGUGUCCUUACGGAAACCCUUAGUAAUACAUUGCAGAGAGGCAGACGAUGAUCUGUUGAAGAUCAUGAAAAAGUUUGUGCCCAGUGACUACAAGAUACACAGGCACUGUUUUACUGGCAGUUACAAUGUCUUAGAGCCAUUGCUAAAGCAUUUCCCAAAUCUUUCGGUGGGAUUCACUGCAUUGCUGACCUAUUCAUCUGCCGCUGAAGCAAGAGAGACUGUCAGGAAAAUCCCUUUGAACAGAAUAAUUGUAGAAACAGAUGCUCCAUACUUCCUUCCAAGACAGGUUCCCAAAAGCAUGUGCCAGUAUUCUCACCCAGGACUCGCCUUGCACACAGUGAGAGAAAUCACCCAUCUGAAAGGCCUACCACUCUCCCUCACCCUGGCUAAUUUAAGGCAGAACACAAAGAGUCUCUAUGAUGUCUAGGAAGGUGCUAGUUAAGGUAGAGAAGCCCUAGGUUGGGAAGACUGCUGUUAAACAGGGAGAAACUUUGAAGGGACACUUAUAUCACAUCCUGUGACUCUGGUCCCAGUGGUGACACUUAGCCCCUCCUGACUUGUCAUUUCCACUUGCCUCAUAAGAGUUACACAUUUCUAUUUAUCCAUGUCCCUUCACAUCUCCGUUUAAUUUCCUGCUGGCUUACCUCCCCUUGGAGCACACCCCCAGAGAAGGUGCCAGUGUCUGUGAGAUCAGUUUUCCUUGAGGUGAAGACAAGGAGAACUAGUGUUGGGAAAUGUGGAAUGUUGUCCAGUUUUAUAGGUAUUGGUCCAUUCAAAAGAGUAAAUAGCUUGUAACUCCUGAACCAUUCUUGACCUGAAUGAUUCGAGGACAGCUAGAGCCCAAAGGGUAAAUGGGCAUCAACCAUAGCCUCUAAAAGCACCUAAUUGCUGAGACCAUGCAGUAAAGAGAAAAUACUGAAGCAGAGAAUUUGAUGCAAAACUGUACCCUGUUCCUUGCACAACACAAUGAAAACGCUGUACACAGUUAAGUUGGUGUUGUUUAGGUAUGGACCCCUUUCCUUGAAAGGUAUAAUGAAGUGCAUGUGCUAUAGGUACUAAAUAAGCUUUUAAACCUUUUUUAGCAAAAUGUUAUGACUGCUAGAGCUGAUCCACCUACACAUAAUUUUAUGGCUGCGGUGGGUUUUAAUUUCAGGAGAAACGAAGCUUGGCUACACAUUACAACAACCCUCUUUAACCUGACUUGUAUUUUGUUUUGUGGAAUCCCAUCCCAAAGGUGGUUCUGUGGGGCUGCGAUCAAACUGUUAUGAAGACAAGUGCCUCUGUGAAAGAAGUGCCAAAAACCUUGAUAAAUACAGUUCUCAAACCAGGGGUUUUUUGUAGAAUUCUUUCUUUUUUUUUUUCUUUUUCUUUUUUUUUUUUUUUUUACUAUUUCAUGUCAACUUUUAUCCUUGCGUUCAGAAGACUUUUUAACAUUUUUAACAAGGGAUAGUAACUUUUUAAAUAAUAUUUGGAACUACAGUUGAAACUUUUUUUAAAAAAAAUUAAAUAUUUAAAAAUGUAAAAUAAAAAUUUCUAAGAAAGACUGCAAAAUCAUGAGCAUGGAUCUCUAUAAACUAAAUGCAUUUCUGUAAAUUGAUUCUGCCUGUUUGCUUAGCCUCCAUUCCAGGCAGGAAUUCCAAACCCAUCUCCGAACCCUGAAAUAAUGGUAUGAAGGCAAGUUCCAUUCCACCCCUCUGCUUCACAGACUUUCCAUUCUGAUAUUAGCAUCAAUUAGGCACUUGCUUCCUGUUUUAUAUGAAGGUUUUGGAAUAUAUAGGGUUGUUUUUUUUAAGUAUUCCCUUUAAAAAUAUUGUUAAAGACACAUGGUCUCUCUUAAAUCAGCCAAUUGAGAGAAACAGUUGAGUGGGAAACCAUCCUCACCAUUGCAUGAGAGUGUAUCUCAGUAGUGGGGACUGCCUGCUCCUAGGGCAGCUGUCGCUCAUGAAUUUGCCUGAUGCAUUCAAGGGAGGGACAGUUUAUACCUUUUACACUGUAAAAAUUACAUUGUGAAAAUAUAAUUUGAUGUUCUCUUUGUAGAACCACUAAGGGCACUAGUUUGUCUCUAAUGAAAAUGACAGCUAGAUCCUCACUAACUUCAGAAGAGGUAUGAGAGGGUGUGAUACCCUUUGAAACAGAUGCAUCAACAACAGAGUAAAGUGAGUAGGCUAAUUGAGGGUUAUUUUUAUGUGCAGCUCCUCAUAUUAAGCUGAUGUGUAUAACAGAGACUGAAACUUGCAUCUAGUUUCUUCACAUAAUCUUAGAAAUGGCAAAAAAUUACUGCAGUUUCAAUACUACUUUUAUUUUCGGCUGUAGAAGCAUACACAAGUCUUCUCCCUCCAUUGGUAGAAAAGGUCCAAAUGGCUUACAAACACAUCCUAGAACAUUUGUGAUACAAUUAAGAAAAAAAUAAAAGUAAAACAACUUAAAAGUCAGGUGGCUGCUGGUUUUCUUUACCGAGUUAUUUAAUCUCUUGCCUUCCUCCCAAAAAGGUCUGUUUUCACCCUAAUGGUUUAAAAAUGUAAACUAUUCAGCCCCAGGCAUCUGUUUUUUAAAAGAAUAUUAUCAGGUGUACAACUCGAAAGCAGAGUUUUGUUGUAAUAACGGUCAUCAUGUGCUGCUGGUGUCCUUCAACUCCUGUCAGUUUUCCACUUGGAUUUCUGAAAGGGCAAAGGACAGAGAUUUAUUUUGGUUUUUAUAUUGUAAUUCCCAGAAGCCCAACCAAGAUCUGGCUUCUGUCAAUGUAGUCUUGUCAGAAGAGGAAGGAGAGGAAGACACUGAUUUGGGUUUGUGUAUGCUUACUGCUGUUAUUAUAGCGGCAGACAUGUAUGUGACUUGGAAGAUGUAGGGCUUGAGAAGGGAUCUGAAGGACAGUAAAGUAGCUUUUCAGAUCCAUUUAUAGGAGGUGUUGGCAAACAGCGAAAAGACAUUUAUAGCGAGAACAAACAACUGAGUGAUGAAAGCUGGCAUUGUUGGCAGAAUAGGGGGUAAAGAGCCAACACAAUAAGGACAAGUGGAUGAGCAGGGAAAUGCAGAAAUAUGAAGGGUCUCAAACACAAAAAUAAGAUGACUGAUUUUGAUGUGGUGGUAUAGUCAGCCAAUUUGCCUCUUUUGCAUCCAAAAUUAUUUUGUUUGCCUUUUACUGGUUUAAAAAAAAAAAGAUACUGGCUGAAAGCAUAUGGGAAUACUGACUCUUUUCAAAAGUGGCUUGUGAUUCAUUUUUUUUAAAGUAUUUUCAUAUUUUGGUGCUCAACAUAAGGUUACUUAAAGCCUCCUUACUCAAUUUCUGAAAAGUAGGCCUCUUUACAGGGUUUCAUAGUGGGCACCCAAAAUGGCUAGUGGCCAUCUAAAAUCAUAGUGUAAAGCAGAGGUAGGCAAUGUUUUGGCCAGUGCCAAAAAAACUGCAAUGUCUACCUUGUAAGGGGCCAGACGGAGUGCCAGCAUGCCAGAAAAACAAAGCUGGGGCGGGAGGUACAUGGCAGGACACACUGCAUUUUAAUAUAGUUAAUAAUUACAAAUGUUGAUUUUUUUUACAGUAAAUACCAGGUUUUCUAAAAAUUCCAAACCUGGUGACAAUGAAUAAAAUUUCAUAUACUA